AAAUCAUUCCUUUUUUCAACUCCUAACUUCAUCUUCAAUUUCAAUUUCAGCUCAAACAUUUUCCCAAAAUAGAAAUUAAAAGGAAAAAAAAAACACUGAGAUACCAAAAGCCCCAUUGUCGGGAUCCGAAUUGAGGAGAGAGUAACUUGUACGACGACGUUUGAAGACAACGAACUGAUGAAGCAAUGAAGAGCGCAGAGUGAUAGAUCCGAAUUCAAAGUAAGAAAGUAUAGAGGCCGAUCGAGACGAUGGCGGAAGAUGAGUCAGCCAAGCCUAAGCCUCGACCAAUCAUCCGUCUUGGUCUCUUCCUUAUUUCCCACAGCUUCGUCGUCAGUGUGGUUUGCUGCGUAGCUGGGGUUUUUGCUCUCUUGCUCUUACCCGUUCUCGCUAAGAACACCUACAUUUCCGAAAAUGCCCUCAUGCCUGGUUCUGCUAGUCCCAUGCUCUCAAAUGAUGAUGUUUCACGGGCUAGAGCAUUUGUGAACAAGGUCGUUAGCUUUGAUUCCAAAUCUGAUACCUCAAGCAUAGGACUUCAAGAAUUGGUUGCACAACAUAUUGCAGAUUUGGGCGGUGAAGUUAAUUUUCAUAAGUUCCUACCUCAAGUGAAUAAGUUUAACCCCCUGCAUUUUUUCUCCAGUCCUGAUCAAGGAAUAGUCCAAGAGAAUUAUAGUUGCUCAUCAUAUGGCAUCAAUACAGUUGGAUUUAUAAGAGCUCCAAAUGGUGACGGGAAGGAGGCUAUUGUAUUGGUGACCCCUUAUAAUUCUGUAAAGACCAGCACUGGUGAGGCUUUAUCACUAGGCAUUGCAUACUCAAUUUUCUCCCUGCUUACUCGAGUGACGUGGUUAGCUAAAGAUAUCAUAUGGCUUGCUGCGGAUUCACAACACGGGGAAUAUGCUGCAGUUGCUGCAUGGCUAAGAGAGUAUCACACACCAUCAUUUGGUCGUUCUGGGAGAGGUCUGUUUGAAUCAAAUGCAAGUCCAACAACGGGAGAAAAGAGACAUAAUGAUUUUCUACGUGCUGGCACGAUGGCUGCUGCCCUUGUCAUAAAGGUUACAGAUGGCAGUGAGAAAGCAGAAAGAGAUGUUCUCAAUUUAUAUGCUGAAGCAUCCAAUGGGCAGAUGCCAAACCUUGAUUUGAUCAAUGUUGUGAACUAUUUGGCUGUAAAUGGGCAGGGGUUACGGGUGAAGGUUGAAAAAUUAGGGUCAUUGCUCGACUCUUGGUGGUUGAGAAGUCUGGGUGAACUGUUUCAGAAACUGGGG